CUCCAUUCUUCUUUCGUUCGAACAUCUAUCCGCUCGACACGAUUUCUUUUAAGUAGGGUUGAGUAAGAGUUCGAUUUUGAAAUCGAAUGGCCACGGGCCGUAAUUUUAUGAACAAUAGCUGCGGCUAACUCCUCCCAUUCGUCGAUUCCAUCCGUUGCGUUAUCGUAUUUUUGUGAAUAGAGCGAUUGAGAAAUUUCGAUUCCGUUGAAAUCCUUGAAGAAACUGCAACUCGGAGUCAGGUGACGAUUGUAUAGUAAAACAAUAUUGCGUAUUAUUUAUCCAUGAAUGGAUAAUUUGAAGUAAAGAUGGAGGAGGAUAUAAAUUCAAUCGAGGAACAGAAUAAAUCGUGUCGAGCUAAUAAAAUAUCUCAUAAGUCAAAUAUUCGAAAAUUUUUUAGAGAUGUUUGGCGUAGAAUUAAAGUUGAAAUCAAUGGGGAAGAACAUAAACGUUCAAACGAGUAUGGGGAUUAUUAUUUCUGUAGCGGUGCCGCCUGGGGUCGUGGUAGCCGUGGCCGCGGCAGAGGUCGCGGGGGCGGCGCGAGCCUCCUCGGUUCAGGCGUCGCCCCCGCGAAUUACAAUUCAGGACUGCAGGGCGUAGCGCCUGAGCUGCGAGAAGUGGUGAACAUUCUUGGGGAGAGGAACCAGGUUGGCACGCUGACGGGCGUGGGGCCACCGCCGGGAGCCUUGGACAGCGACGGCCAGGGGGACGAGGAGGAGGGCACCUCGACGAAAAGGCCGCCUAGGCCCCUCUACAGGAGGCUGAUCAAUUACGUUCGACAGGCGUGGACCGGAGUGAAAUUCGCUCUAGACUCGGAGUACGAGGAGGAACAAACGCCGAGAUACAGGCCCGACUCUUUGGCGAGUCUUUGUCGUGCCACCAGAUUCACAGAGGCAGAGUUGAAGAGAAUAUAUCGUGGCUUCAAGGCGGAAUGUCCCACGGGAGUCGUCAGAGAGGAAACUUUCAAGUGCAUCUAUUCACAAUUCUUUCCGCAAGGAGCCAAUACUAGCCAGUACGCGCAUUACGUUUUCAACACCUUGGACCAGGAUCAUAGCGGUAUUCUCAGUUUUGAGGACUUCGUUACUGGUCUCAGCAUACUGUCUCGUGGUUCCAUCGAUGAGAAACUGCGCUGGACAUUUUCUCUUUACGACAUCAAUGGCGACGGUUGCAUCACGAGGGAAGAAAUGACGGACAUCGUGACAGCUGUGUACGAGCUGAUGGGCAAGUUUGCCGAUCCGAAUUUGGAUCACGAGGGUGUACGUGAGAAAGUAGAUCGAAUGUUUCAGAAGAUGGACGGGAACAAGGAUGGAGUGGUGACGCUCUCGGAAUUUCUGGAAGCAUGUCGUGCCGAUCCAGAUAUUUCCACGAGUAUGGCGGCUCUGGACACGGCCUUCUGACACUCGGCACGACCACGAUACAUGCCAUGGACCUGAAAACAUUCUGUCGAUUUGGAAAUAUAUGUAUGAAUCGCUCAACGUUGUACCUUACCUCCUGGACCAGAGGGGAAAGAAUUUCCUCAAGGUGUGUCAGCGAAGAUCUCGAGCGAGCCGAGAGAUUAGACUCCCCCUCCCGAGAGUCUGUCUAUGCUCGUGCGCGAAUUUUCGGGAUCGAAAGACAGCAAGAUCUCGAGGAAAAAAAAAAAAAAAAAAAAAAACAAAAAACGACGUAGAUUUUUUUUCCCGCAACUUGUUCGAAAACACGGUUUGUAAGAAGGGAGUCGCGUUUAAAUGAUCCGACACGACGUCGUUUUUUCGCGGAUGAAAAAAAUCCCUCUUUAUCCGUCGUCGUUAAACUUUAACGUCAAACGAUACGCGAAACACGACAUCUACCGGAAGAUCGGACGAAAUCGGUCCUAAGAAAAUAGAGAUUGCCCUUUCGAGAUUCGUAGUUCUAGCUAAUUAAUCCAGUAUGCGUUUCGUUAGGUAAGAAAGGAUUAGAUGAAAGACGAUAGAAGCAAAGUAUAUAUAUAUAUACACAUAUGUAUAUAUAUAUAUAUAUAAAAAAAGAUUAGAUAUCAAACAGAGAGAACGAUAUUAAACGAUUGUUAGAUAGUUACGAACAGAACUUGUUACGAACUGGUUUCCGGUAGUUCAUUUUUUUUUUAGGAAGGAACGCGCGCUACAAACGAUGAACGAAUAGAUAUAUAUAUAUAUAUAUAUAUUGAAAAAAGAGAGAGAGAGAGAGAGAGCAGGUUAACAAAAGAGAGAGAAAAAAGAAAGAAUAUUGAAAAUCGUGAAAGAUGAAAAAAAAUAAAUAAAAGUUAAUUUAAUGUAAGAAAAUGGAUCGUAUUCGUGUAGCACAGUGUGUUUUAAAAAGGGGAAUUUUUUUGAAACGCAAAGAAAGAAAGCGUGCCAUUGGACGUAAAAUUGUGAAAUUGUGGCACUCUGUUCGAGCCAAAGAUAUAGAUCCAAUAGGGAAGACGUCGUGAGAAGCAAGAUUCUGAGAAUCAAUCUGUGCGAGAAUAAUAAUUGAGCUUGGCUUACAUUCAUUUUUAUUUCUUUUGUCUUCACUUACAAAUAGUAAUAUUUCAAAGGAAAAAGCAAGAGAAGAAAGAAAGAAAGAAAGAAAAAAAGGAGGAAGAUGUAGAAAAGAGAAAGAGAGAGAGGGGAGAGAAAGAGAAAAAGAGAAAAAAACAAUUUCACUUUGGCUCAUGUUUUUUAUAUAUCGAGAGUAACGCAUGCACGGUGUUGCAACAAACAAUGGAUUCUUAACACUGGAUUUAAAAUAACAAUAACGAUGUAGUCUAGUUUUCUACGACAACCAUAUUUUUUUACGAGACUUAUUCUUUAGAGCAUUUUUAAUUGGAACUGUUGAAUUUCACUGUAGAAAUUAGCAAAUUACUUUCUUUUUUUUUUUUUUUUGUUUUAAUACGAACAACAUUUGUUUACGUUAUCAUAAAGAAAAUCAUCGUUCGGCCUUCCUUCUUUUCGAUUCAAUUUCCCAUAUCAAUAAUAUUAUUUUCGAUUAAAUCUUCUUAAUUCCAAUGGAGUUGCGGAAGAAAAAAAAACGCACGAAUUUUUAGCUUGCCGAUAAAAUAGUUCCAAUUUCCAUUACAUUAUUCGUUCGUAUCUCGAAGCGAUUGCGAGAUAGAUUUUUAGUUGCGCAACGAGGCGCUAUAUAGCGAGCGGAGAUAGAUCGCGUAUUCGUCGCAAGGUGUUCUUCCCAGACAAAAAAAAGAAAAAAAGAAAAAAAGAAAAAAAAAACGGGUAGCGGUAAAUUCUCGAGUACGAUUUUUAACGUAUAAUAAUAAAUAUCCACGAAGAAAUCGACGUGUUUAAACGUUUAAACGCACGGCAAACAUUAGCCGUGGAAGAGAAUAAAGGAAAAAACAAAAAGAAAAAAGAGAGAAAUAAUUAACGUGAGACGUAAAAAGUAUAUAUAUAUAUACAUAUAUAUAUACAUAAAAGAGAUAUCGUAAACCCCGCUGGAGCAGCUGGCCAUGUUGGGCGGGGCUCGUUGUUUCUAGUACGUAAGAGAGUAGAUUAAGCGAUAUGAUAAAAGUAUUUAUUUUUGUGACAGGUAAGUGAAUUAAUUAUUAAUCGUGGUAAGAAUUUAGCUCGUAAAGACUGCGUGCUGCUAAAGAGAGAGAAGCAGAGGGAUAGAUGGGGGAGAAGAGGGGCGGGGAUAAGAGAGAUAAGGAGAAAGACGCAAGGAGGAGGAAGAAGAAAAAGAUGGAAACAAGAUACGCGUUGAUUUUCCGUUCAAAACGAUCAGGACACCGAGUUUUAUUGUAAUUAAACGUUUUAAUGCGAUGAUUGGACCAAAGCGUCCGUGGAACGGGCGAUGACGAUUCGAAAUAAUAUAUUUAAUCAUUUUCCAUCACUGCCUAACUUCCGAUUAACUUGUAUAUAAGAACGGAUACACUGGAACGAACAUACGGGAGAGAAGGAAUCGCAGAAUGCAUCGGGGAAAAAAAAGAAAAAAAAAGAAGAAAACUUCGAAACUUCGACCUCAUCUUGAUGGAAGAAGGAACGAAGAGAUGUCGAAGUAGUAAUCAAUAAUUCGAUAAAUCGCUCGUGAGAUUUUCGUUUCUAUCGUACAUUUAUCAGAAGAUAUUCCGUCAAUUGUGAAAUUAUAUUAGCUCCUUUCGAUCGACUUCUUGCAACCAUGAGUUACUUCGUUCGAACAGUUCGUUUUUUUUUUUUUUUUUUUUACUUUUAAGAGGAAAAAUUGCACGAUGCAUCCGAUCAACGAAGGUGGAUUCUAUAAAAAGGAGGGAAAACGAAACGAAAUAUAUAUAUUCAAUGGAAAUAUGAGAACGAAAAGGAAAAGGAAAUAUAUCUGUAGUGCACGACCGGAAAUGCCGGAAUAGAGAUUUCUCCGAUUUUUAGCAGCGCCUACAUAUUUAGGAUGUAAGAUUUACGUAUAAAAAAAAAAAAAAAAAAAAAAGAGAGAGAAAAGAAAA